AUGCAGUUCUCCAAGAUUUUCACCUCCGCCGCUCUCUUUGCUCUGUCCAGCAUGGCCAUUGCUGCUCCCAACCCCAACCCCCUUGAGGCUCGCAUGAACGACCUCGAAGCCCGCACCGAGAAGCUUGCCGCUCGCGCCGGCUGGACCUGUGCCUUUGGCGGCGACAAGGCCUGCCAGGUCAAGUGUGUUGGCGAGGGCAAGGCUGGCGGAUACUGUGCCGACGACAAGUGA